AUGUCUUCUUCCCCUCUCUACGCUUUCCUCCUCCUCCUAUCCGUCGCCACCUUGGCCGGCGCGGCGGACCCAAACACGCCGCUCUACAACUACAAGUACGUUUGCGACGCCAAUCGCUUGAAAGCAGGGGGCCUCGAGAUUGCCAACUUGGCGUACUGCGACAAAACCUUGCCGUACUUCCAGAGGGCGAAGCACUUGACCGAUAGCUUGACGCUUGCCGAGAAGGCCCAGCUGCUCGGUAGCCUGAACAAGGGUGCCCCUCGUGUUGGUAUCCCGCAGUAUAACUGGUGGUCGGAGGCCCUGCAUGGCGUCUCCAACGUCGGCGAUGGGUCUAAGUUUGGUAAGAUCGUGCCGGGUGCGACGAGCUUCCCAACUCCGAUCACCACCACCUCCUCCUUCAAUGAGUCCUUGUGGAAGGCCAUUGGCCAGGGAAGAGGUUUUGACCAUUCUUAUAUACCUUAUCAGGAUCAUUCUCACAUGGCAUAA